CCCCCCCAUCGCCAUGGGAUGUAACAUGUGUGUGGUGGAGAAGCCCGAAGAGCAAUACCGCGUCAUGCUGCAGGUGAACGGCCGGGAGCUCUCCCGCCUCUCCCAGGAACAGACCCUGGAGGCUCUGCGGUGCUCCAAGGAGCCGUUGGUCAUCCAAGUGCUCCGCCGCAGCCCCCGCAGCCGCAGCGGGGGCGGCGAGGGACCCGCCCCCCAGGGGGACCCGGCAACCCUGGUGGACAGCGGAACCCAGACAGACAUCACCUUUGAGCACCUGCUGGGGCUCGGCAGGAUGCGGCCUCCGAGCCCCCCGGCUGUGACGCUGGAACCCUACGGGCUACCGGAUCUCCCCUCAGUCGGCCAUGAGUACUACGACCCUGUGGAAUUCAUGGAAGGAGGUGCUCCGGAGACAGAGCGGGCAGAGGAGCUGGAAUAUGAGGAGGUGGAAUUGUACAAAUCCAGUCACCGGGAUAAGUUGGGUCUGAUGGUUUGUUACCGAACUGAUGACGAAGACGAUGUAGGCAUCUACGUCGGAGAGGUAAACCCUAACAGCAUCGCUGCCAAGGAUGGUCGGAUUCGGGAAGGCGAUCGUAUCGUCCAGAUUAACGGGAUGGAGGUUCAGAAUCGCGAGGAGGCAGUGGCAAUUCUCACCCAGGAGGAGAGGACGAACAUCUCCCUGCUGCUGGCUAGACCUGAGACUGAGUUGUCCAAGCGUUGGAAGGACAGCGACCGGGAGGAUUUCCUCGAUGACUUUGGCUCUGACCACGAAGCAGGAACGAGACCCCGUCGGCUCCUCUCUCCACCCGACCAGCAGAAUGAACCUCUCCAAGAAAAGCCCUCCGGGGAUCCUGCCACCCCCCUAACCAACAGCCAGGAGCUGGACAGCGGCGUUGGGCGCACUGAUGAAAGCACCCGCAACGAAGAGAGCUCUGAACACGACCUCCUCGGAGACGAAGCCCCCAGUGCUGCCAACACCCCGGGGACGCUGCGCAAAUUUGGACCCAGCCUGCAGCCUCGCGACUUCCACUACAGCAUGGACUCGCUGUUGGCGGGGGAGCCCCCAAGCGCCGUGGGCACUGACAUGAUGCCGGGGCUGACCGACGAAGAGUACGAGCGCUACCGAGAACUGCUGGAGCUGAAAUGCCACCUGGAGAACGGCAACGACCCGGGCUUGGUGAGCUCGGCGCUGGACGUCAACCGCAAUGAGGUCGCGCUGCUGGAGGAGGAACUCCGCCACCUGGAGUUCAAAUGCCGCAACAUCCUGCGGGCGCAGAAGAUGCAGCAGCUGCGCGAGCGGUGCAUGAAGGCGUGGCUGCUGGAGGAGGAAGGACUGUACGCCUUGGAAGGAGAACCGAAGAAACACGAGUUGUCUGACAUCACGGAGCUGCCAGAACGCUCGGAUAAAGACAGUACCAGUGCCUACAACACUGGGGAGAGUUGCCGCAGCACCCCCUUGUUGGAAAGCCCCUUGCGCCGCUUGGCCGAGCACCCCAACCUUAACCGGACUGCCCCGCCGUCACCGCCGCAACCCAAAUUCCGACGGGAGGAACGAGUGCGGCGCAGCCCCAAAGCAGGCAUCGAAGGGAGUCCCUAUUUGAGCCGGCGGCAGCGGGAAGAACCACCCCCUCCCAUCAGCCCUAUGAGCCUAGCUAGCAUAUGCAAAGACUCUCUGGGGGGCAAAGGAGAGCCCCGCAUGGAAUGGAAAGUGAAGGUCCGCAGCGACGGCACUCGCUAUGUGGCCAAGAGACCAGUGAGGGACCGGCUGCUGAAAGCCCGGGCCAUGAAGAUCCGCGAGGAACGCAGCGGCAUGACGACGGACGACGACGCCGUCAGCGAGAUGAAGAUGGGACGCUACUGGAGCAAGGAAGAGCGCAAGCAGCACCUGAUCCGCGCUCGCGAGCAACGGAAGCGCCGUGAGUUCAUGAUGCAGAGCCGUCUGGAGUGCUUGAGGGAACGGGAAGGCAGCGAAGCCCGAGGAGUCUCCGGAGAGGUCAACAUCUUGGCCUUGAGCCACCGCAAGACCAUGAAGAAGCGGAGUCGCCGGAUCUUGGAUAACUGGAUCACCAUCCAGGAGAUGCUGGCCCACGGCACCCGCUCAGCAGACGGACGACGGGUUUAUAACCCCCUUCUGUCUGUCACCACCGUUUGAGUCCGUGAAGACGAACGUCCGAGGACGCUGCCGUGUUCCUUUUUCCCUCCGGGUCUGCGACGAGCCCGCCUCCUUUUCUGUGACCCGGAAAACCGCUCUUCGGACACACUAAGGAAGCGUCCCGUGUUGCCCUUUGAGCUCCGCGAGGUUCGGAAAGGCCUGACUCUUUGAACCAAAUUUCGAUUGGGACAGUGAUGCCCAGCAUCCCUUCCUGCCUUAAGAACCAGGGGACGAGAGGGGCCGACUCCAGAGUCUGCAUCCACCCAGAACUUGCUGUGGAGAGAGGCCCAUUUUCCUGCUGUGCACACCUUCUGUCUGGCAAGGGAGGUCAAGGGCAGCCCCAUCACUUGUCUCAUAAGGAAAGCUCCUUCCAGCUUAACCCCGCCAAUCAUUCUCUGAAGCACAAGGAAUCGGCUGUGGUUGACACACAGUGCGCAGAGCACAAGGGACGUGAAGGGGCUCACCUCCCCUUUAGGUGGACAGCACCAAUGAAGAAACCCCCAUCAUCAGCAACAACAACAGGGAUGUUGUGACAUCUUUCUAUCUCUGUCUCUUUCUCUCUCUCUUUCUUUCUCUUCUCUUUUGUGAUUGUGGCUCUCGAUUUCUUUUUUUCGUUUCUCUAAACCCGGGGUCCUGGGCCCUGGCGGCUCACCCUGCAAGCGACUUAAAGAGUCCCCUUCCUGCGUUUUCUACCAUCCGAUUUGCCUCUCUUUGUCCCAGGGGGAGGAACGCUAGCUUAGCAUUGGGAGGCUGUGGAGCAGAUAGCUUGCGGUAAACCCGGCACCCGUGGCUGAACUUGCAUUGUUACAAUAAAAACUGUUGUUUCUACUCAUUGCAGAAAAAAA